AUGCGCACAAGAGGACAACGAGAGAAAUUGAACUGCCUUCCCAACGACCGAGGUGUGCAGCCUUUCGGCGACGCAACCACGCAGCUGGUCGGGUAG